AAAAGAAUCCACAGAAUAGGAGGCCUCAUCUCUCUCGCACACUCUCACUCUCUCUCAUUCGCCAGAUCACAGAAAAUCUCUCAUUCGUCAGAUCUCCGAGUUCUUAUCUUUACUUUUCACAGUGUGGGGUUUGAUUGCUUAAAGACGGAAGCUUUCCUCUAAGAUUUGAGAUUAGUAUAUUUGUUUUGGAGAAUAUUGCAAAGAAACAAAAUGGGAACAAUGCACCGAAGUGGUUUAGCUCCUCGAAGAACAAACGAAAACGCAAAAGUUAUUAUCACAACAAUACUGGGAAUCGUCUUUGGCACUUUUAUUGGCAUCUCAUUACCUUCUCUUUCUUUCAAGAUUAACUUACCUUCGGCUCUUAUAUCAUCUCUUGAUGUCGCCUUGUCUGAUGGCAAACUGUUAUCAGCUCGUGACGACAAAUCUCCUGAACAUUUCGGUUCUAGAAAAUUUCCUCAGAUAUAUGUUCCCACCAACCCGCGUGGUGCAGAACUACUACCUCCAGGGAUUGUUGUUGCUAAAACUGAUCUCUACUUGCGCAGAUUAUGGGGUGAACCUAAUGAAGAUUUGAAGAAGAAGCCAAAAUAUCUUGUGACAUUUACUGUUGGGUUUGAGCAGAGGAACCAUAUUAAUUCAGUUGUUAAGAAGUUUUCUGAAGAUUUCCAGAUUUUGCUUUUCCACUAUGAUGGCCGGACAACGGAGUGGGACCAGUUUGAGUGGUCGAAGAGUGCGAUUCAUAUUAGUACAAGAAAGCAAACAAAAUGGUGGUAUGCGAAGAGGUUCUUGCAUCCUGAUGUUGUUUCGGCUUACGAGUACAUUUUCAUAUGGGAUGAAGAUCUUGGUGUGGAGCACUUCAAUGCUGAUAAGUAUAUUCAGUUAGUUAAGAAGCAUGGUUUAGAGAUUUCUCAGCCAGGUCUAGAGCCCAACAAUGGACUUACAUGGGAAAUGACAAAGAGGCGAGGUGACCGAGAGGUUCACAAAGAUACUAAAGAGAAAGCAGGAUGGUGUAGUGACCCACAUUUACCUCCUUGCGCUGCGUUUGUAGAAAUAAUGGCGCCUGUGUUUUCUCGAGAAGCAUGGCGAUGUGUGUGGCAUAUGAUUCAGAAUGAUCUGGUUCAUGGAUGGGGUCUAGACUUUGCUCUCAGAAGAUGCGUUGAACCUGCUCAUGAAAAGAUUGGCGUUGUAGAUUCGCAAUGGAUUAUUCAUAAAGUGAUACCUUCGCUUGGAAGUCAAGGUAAGUCAGAGAAUGGGAAAGCCCCAUGGCAAGGAGUGAGAGAGAGAUGCAAAAAGGAGUGGACUAUGUUUCAGAACCGAUUAGCAGAUGCUGAUAAAGAGUACCUUGGGAGGAUGGUCAAAGGAUAGAUUAUAGAUUUUUAUAUUAUGUUAUUAUAUAGAAAAGAAAAAACACUUCCUAUGUAUAUCAAACAUGUAAAAUCCCUUUUUAUUGAUAUAUUUGUGUGAGAUUUAUAUGUUUGUAUUGAACGUCAUGUUUUAUGUUCUAUUUGAUUUUUUAUAAGUCUACCA